AUGACGGACAAGGGGGACACGCGGAAGAACCUCGACAAGCGAACUGCUCGGACGCGCCAUGCUGCUGUCUUCCAGGAAGCGAUCCGCGAGCUCCGCGAGUCCUAUGCGCAGGACGAGCGGAUCGCCGAUGCGAAGCGGGCCAAGACGACGCAGUACAUUGACGUCUACGCGCGCGUCCGCCCGAUGCUUCCCCACGAAGUUGAGCGCGGAGAGUACACGACCAUCUCGUGCAUCGACGACCAGACCAUGGCCGUCCACGACUGCUUGAUGCACAACGACAUGGUUCACAAGUACAUCGACACGCAUGCCCACUCGUUCACCAAGGUCUUUGACGAGCACACACCAACGCCUGUCGUGUACUCGUCGGCGGCCAAGCCCUUGGUCGAGCACGCCCUUUCCGGAGGCGAGGCCGUCUGCAUGAUGUACGGGCAAACGGGGUCGGGGAAGACCCACACCAUGCUCGGCUUCCUUACGCAUCUAGCUGACGACAUCUUCAACGAGCCGGACCAAGCGAUUAACUUCAAGGCCGUCGAGCUCGUCGGGUCCAAGUGCGUCGAUCUCUUGCACGACCGCAACAAGGUGCUGAUCUGCGAAAGCAACAGCGGCGACAUCGAACUGGUGCACUCGGAAAGCCAGUUGGCUCGAUCUGCGGCCGAGCUCCUCGACCUUUUCCAGGACGCUACGAGCAACCGAACGACCGAAGCCACGCAAGUGAACGCCGUAUCGUCGCGAUCGCACUUGAUUUGUUUUCUCCAAAUCGUCUCGAGCGACGGCGUCGCGUCCAACGGGCAGCUCGUGUUGCUCGACUUGGCCGGAAGUGAGCGCAAGGAAGAUCAGUACUUCACCGACAAGGCCCGACACCAAGAAACCAUCGAUACCAACAUGGCGCACUUGGCGCUCAAGCAGUGCUUGCUCGCCAUGUCCCAGGACCCGCCGGGCCACAUCCCGUACCGCAACAGCGCUCUCACGCGCAUCUUAAAGAACCAUUUGUGGUCGACGACCAAGCAAAGCAAGACCGCUGUCGUGGUAACUGCGUCACCGAUCCCCACAGACACGGAACACACACUGACGUCCUUGAUUCACGCCCGGCAAAUGGUCGAGUCGGCGCCGCACGUCACGCGGACGACCAAAGAAAUCAUCGAGGACGAAAUCUCCACGGUGUCCCUUUUCAAAACGUGGGACGCAGCGCAGGUCCAAGCUUGGCUUCCGUCCAUCAAGAAGGGCGCUCUCGCAUCGUAUGCGUCCAACAUCAAGUCUGUGAUGACUGGCGCGGCUCUGCUCCGCUACCCUCCGGCGCGCUUCAACAUGAUCUGCAACGGCAACGCGGAGCACGGCAAGUGGCUCAGUAACGCCGUCAAGGCGCACAUCGCGCACGAGAAGAAGCUCGAUGCGGAGCGCCGCGCGCGCAACCGUCUGUCGAAAGCCAAGUAA